GCGAGGCGCUGUUGUACAAGGGGAUGCACAAUCUUAUUUGGUUGCGGGAAAUAUGUUUUAUUUUCUAAAUUAAGAAAUGACCGGAAAACUUUUAAUGUAUCCCGUGUUUCAGACUGUAUCAGCAGACACUUUCAGAUGAGGAUGCUUUCACCGACAGAGCCGACGAUCACAUGUUUGAUCGGGAUUGUGUUAUGUCAUUUUUCCGACUGCUUAAACUAGCAGGUAAACUUGAAAAAUAAGCCGUGGCAUUAAGCUUCACCUUUAUCACGACAUUUGACCGAAAAGACCCGAAAGCGUAUUUUCGGACCACUUUGACCUGUGUUGAUUCGCUUAUGUGCUGUUUGCGCUUUUCGAUGUUUUAUUUACUCUGUUUUGAUAAGUUGAAUUGGAUUAAAAAGCCAAAGGACCUUGUCGAGUUAGUGGCUGUGUAUUGGAAAUAGCACUGAAUAUACACAAUUAAUUGUCUGAAUACGAACAAUCUCCUUAAUGCACAGAAAUAACUGUAUUUACUUCAUGUUUACGCCGACGAAAUCAACCUGAGGAGUUUAUACCAAGUUUGUGCGCGAACCGAUAAACCAGCUGUAGCGCGAGCUCACAGCUGUUCAUAAAAUUACUGUACCAAGCUGACAGUAUUUCAUUUAAAACUUCGACAAAAUGCGAUAGACACGGGAAAGCAGUCAAACAGUUAAAUUGGAUCGGGUAUUUUGGCGUGAGGCCUGCUGGUCGGGCUUUUGCCGGGUGAGAGUUAGUGCUCUGGCCGCGCCAGUGGGCGUUCAGCCCGGCCGUGAGUGACGCACAGCCUCGGUGCAAGAGGACGAGCUAUGGAGAGGAUGGAGGUGGACCAGUGCGCAGGCGCAGGAGGAGCCCUCCGAAGGUCGAACAGCGCCCCCAUGAUCACGAACGUCAGUGAUGGGACGACAGUGUUCAGCUCUAAUAGUUCAGCUCGUUAUCGUCGGAGCAGCGUGUCUGUAAAUCCAAGCUUUCCCUCCCGGACCCUCCCUCUGUCCCCAUUCUCCCUGUCAUGUGAGAGAUCUGAACACAAGAGACAGAUUGAGAACAUGGAGCUCACUUUGAGAGGGAGUUUACAGAGACUAAGUGCCUCGUCUGCUGUUCCCCUUCCUCCUGUGAGUCAUUGGCAUGGCCAUCUGUCUCCAGGAUUCCAUUCCCAGGACAGCGGUGUCACUCCUAAUUCAUCACCCAGUCCAACUCGACGGUUUCGAGGAGGAUCUGUGAGCUCUGGAGUGAGAUGGCCAUCAGUUGCACCUUUGAAAAGGAAAGGUGGAGUGGAAUCAGAUGGUCCGCCUAAAAAGCUCUUUGUUGCUGGAGUCACAGACCCUGCUCACAUAACCAGUUACACAGUCAGUGUUUCCCAGUCAGUGGACUCUUCCUCUGGGACCGCACCUGUCGGUUCAAACACCCCAGCCAGCCCCCUGUCCCUCUCCCCACCGCCCCCCUUCACCUCUCACCACCCCAGCAUGUAAACCCCAGUAUUCAUCACACCAGACUCCAGAUCACCAGUGUGUAGAGCUUUGGACUCAAGGUGUUGUUAAAUGAAGACCAAACUUCGACUUAAACUCAGUUCUAUCCAUGUUUUCCUGCUUUUUAUUUUGGUGCUUUGAUGAGUCUUUCAGCUCAAUCACUUCUGAAGGAAAUUCGUCCUAGUUGUGACUUUGACUUCAGAGGAAAUCAAGAGGCAAUAUAAGAAGACAAAAUCUUCUGGAUGUUUUUGACAUGACAACAUGGACGCUGCAGGCUAUCAUAUAAUUUGUGAAUAAUCAUGGUGCCUACAGAAUAUUGUGUUGUACAUUUGAAAUAGUAUCUGCAAUAACACGAUGAAAGUGUUCAGGUGAUUUGAACCUGGCGAAUCUGGACACAAAGACCCAUUCCUCAGUGUACAGACUCAAGAAAAAGACCAGUUUUGCUCUUCUUUGCUUUCCUCAAGUUGUGGCAAAACACUUUUGUAUUUUGGUACAUCUUCAGCUUCCAUUAACGGGGUCCAACGGUCUGGUAAAAUGUCCAGAAUGCGUUGAAAAAACUAUAGAGGAUAGAGAGUAUUAAAAUCAGUUGGCCAUAGAGGUCAACAUUUUGUAUAAAUGUGUAUAAAUAUGUGAAUAAUCGAAUAUUAUUUUGGUAGGUAUUAAUCCUAUGUUUCUUUUUUUUUGCGUUUAUCCGAGGGGUCUGAUAUGAUCUGUAAAUAUGUUUAUUUUUCCAUAUAGCUUUUAGCUCGGACUGAACUUUUUAAGUUCGAAAAAUAUUCUUUAAAUCAUUGGAAAUGAUACCAGCGCAUUCAGGCAACUCCCACAUUUUGAUUCUCUUAAUGCUUACUUAAAACAAGUACUGUAAAGACAAGACGUCUCGCAUCUUGUCUAGAAUCCAAUGUUGUAGUAUAGGCAAAGCACUUUCAGUGAAAAGUCCACAUCGAAAACUGACCUAGAGUCUGAGAAUGUAUUCCGUCUGAGGCCACAGUGUGAAAACCUUUGGUCAAACUGUUUUUCCACCUAAUGAAACCUUAAACGAGACCCUUAAGUUUUGAAUAAUGUACAGAAACCGAGGACUUAAGAUGCAAGGGGUGGGCUGUUGCAUUACAAACAAGAUAAAUCAUUGCUACAUUGAUACAAUCACAGUUUCAGCGGAUAUCGUACUCUUCCUCUUGUACUAUUUGCACAGUGUUAGAUAUCAAUGUUGCUGUUACAUGAGUGGGAUCAUAUUUACUUUUAUUGUAAAGGAUCUUAUUUUGUAUAGUUUGUAUGGUUUAUUUUUUAAAAUCCUUUCACUUGGGAAAUGUUCAAUUCUUUCAGUGAGCUGAAAAACAGUCAAGAGUUUCAUCUUAGCCUUCAUAAGAUGGAUUUAACUCGUUUUUUUUACUCUCCUCUAGCUUGAUCUACUUUUUACGUAAAGUAUCGGAUGCAGUACUUCUGGAUUGUGGCUUUAAUUCUGGUGUUUGAGCUGGAUGCAUUUUAUUAGGCUCGUUAUUAUUAUCCAAAAAAGUCACAUGCUGCAGUUAAUUGAACUGGAAGCCCUCCUAAAGCAAGUUGCCCAUGAUACUUCACAACAUUAUGCAAAUUAUGUUGACUGUGACGUCUGUUAUAUUGUUAUUUAUGAAUGUGUAAAGGCUCUGGUUGCAGUAUAUACUUUAAUAUCAAUGUAAAGAUAUGUCACCAUUCUUGAUUCCCAAAGUCUUUAUUUUAUCAACACCGGCAGCUUGUUGGUCUGUAAAGCUGCACGUCGGACAUUUGAAGUUUGUUCCUCUGUUUCCAUAUUCACGUAUUAAGAGGAAUAUGGCUCAUUCUUCCCUAUAAAGUCAUUGCCUUUUAUUUUUACUCAUUUAGUUUUUCAUUCACAGUGAUGACAAUGCCUUAUAGGUUUUAAAUCUUUAAGUUUGAAUUCCAAAGUUACUUGCACUGUUUGUAAUUUUGCAAUUUCCAUUUGAGGUCCUUGAAAUUUCAAAGAUUGAUACCAAUGUUUAUGGGUCUGUAAAAAUGAUUAUGAAUGUGCAAUAUGCAUUAAAGUUGCUGGAAUUAGUAUUUGUUACAUUGACCGGGAUAAACAGGUCCAUGUACUUAUCAAGAACCUGAACGGAAGACUUGAGCUCUGUUGUUCUGAAUCAGUUGUAUAACCUUGUUUUUAUUCAUUUCCCACUAUUACCUACAAUAUGUACCAUGUCAUUUAUUUUCCAGAUUUGCCAUACACUUACUAUUAGAUCUGUUGGGUCUGUGCAUCAGAGAUGGUCAUGAUUUGUCUUUUGUUCUCCUCAAAUGAUUGUGCUGUUACUAAAUGGAUUGCGAGCGCACGAAAAACAUUGUAAAGAAAUGCCAAAGCCGAUAGAUUCUGCCUAUCAAUUGUUUAAGUUGUAAAUAUAUUCUAAAAGCCAGAAAAAAAUAAAGUGAAAGAUGGAUAUUUUUUGAUGUAUUGGUAGCAAAAGUACAUUUAUGUCACACAAGAUGAAUGUUCAAUUAUCAGAGAAGAAAUAUCAUUUACCAUAAAUGAAAUGUAUAUGAUACCAUAUAUUCUUAUUAUGAACAAGAUCAUAAUAAAAACUCAUUUUAUUGA